AUGCCAAGCCGAGUCUGGGUCAUUACCGGCACCAAUUCUGGGCUCGGUCUGGCAAUGGCAUUGCAUGCACUAAAGCACGGCGACAGGGUCAUUGCCACGGUCAGGUCGGCAGAUAGGUUUCCCGAUGCACUUAGAAAAGCAGGCGCGCACAUGCUUCUCCUCGAUCUUUAUGACACCGACGACAAGAUCAAGGCCGUCGCGGAAGAGGUGCUGCGUGUCUACGGAUACAUCGACGUGCUGAUUAACAACGCAGGGACGAACCACAUUGGCUACGGCCCUGUGGAAGAAACCAGCCUCUCGGAGGUCCGCCAGCAGUUCCAGCUGCACAUCUUCGGCGCACUCGCCUUCACGCAGCCGCUGCUCGCGCACCUGCGCACGCGGCGCACGGGACACGUCCUGCUCGUCUCGUCCGUCGCGACCGCGCUCGCGCCACCCGCCUGGGGCGCAUACAACGCGUCCAAGGCCGCGCUCGAGCUAUACGCGGACACGCUUGCGCAGGAGCUUGCGCCGUGCGGCGUGCGCGUGCUCUGCCUCGUGCCCGGGCACUUCCCCACGCGCUUCUUUGUCGGGCACCCGCUCUACGCCGCGGACGACCAGUGUGCGCAGCAGCAGAGGGAAACGGCGUACGCCGACCCGAGCCAGGGCUUCGACUCCAUCAACUGGAUCCCGCGCAUGCAUGCGAGCAACGGCUGGGUCGGCGACCCGGACAGGCUCGCGGCAAGGGUGCGCGAGCUCGUCUGUGGCACGGGUUUCGCGGCGCAGGUACUCGAGAAGGGGAGCCCUGCGUGGACUCGGAUUCCCUGCGGAACGGACGCGGGCUCCAUGUUGCUAAGGGGGUAUGCGAAGCUCGUGGAUAAUGUCAGAGUUACCGAGCCUAUUUGGAGGUCUACUGACGUCUCAGCACCGAUAAAGCAUUGAACGUAACAUAGAUUCAUAUUCCCCUUGGAGAUAUCCAGUUUUGUACAAUAAUUAAGACCAAAAUUUGUUCUCUUAUUGUUCCAUGUAAUACUCAUAAUAGGACUCAGUGUUCAGUCUUCCUGUUAUUCUGUAUCCGUCAGCAACCGAAACCAUAUGAACAAGCCGGACAUACACACCACCGCAGUACAGCUACUCCUUCGCGCUCUACCACCUCAUCUUUUCCCACGGCGGCAACCCAAAAACCGCAGGCAGCGUCGCCCAGGAUACGUUGCGCAUGUUACGCAACUCCUUCUCCGUCUGCGACCGGAGCCUGCCACUGAGGUUCCGCGUCAUCUCGCAGUAGUCGCUCCAAGGAAAGUCUUGCGCCAGCGGGCUUCUCCAGCUCCCUUGAUUAGUCGGGCCGUCGCCCUGCACCCAACGGUGCAGACGCGUCCACAGGUCAGGGCGCUUCACGGCGUUCUCCAUGAAUUCCUUCUGGUAGAUGAAGCUCCAGACGGAGUUGCGCGCGAACUGCGCGAGGUUCUCGCGUGCUUUGAGGACGAGGAUCUGGUCGUGGGGGUGCAGAGAAUAUGUGACGCCUGCCGGGCUGGGAACACCGGCGAUAAUCUCCUCGAAGGAAUAGCUGCAGCACUCGAAUAGCGCCGACGGGAGCAGGACGUCCAUUCCGGUGGUCCUCGCCACGUUGACGACGAAGAUGGGUAGAGCGCGUCCGAACUCUGUGGUGAGCGGGGACCACUGGCGGCGUGUCUCGCGGAUGUCCCACUUCUGCAAGGUGGGAGGGUACAGCGCCGUGAAUGUAGGGAUGGACCUGCGGACGAGAUGGUCGACUUGAUACUUGUGGCUCAGCUUGAGCACGCCGAUUACGACGUUGACAUCCUUAACCAACUUGACGUCGACGUAGAA